AGAGGAGCCGCAGCCCUUUGUCUCGAUGUCCGGCCGCUUGCGGGCCCGGUCUUUGCUGACGUCUCCCGUGUGCUGGGACUGCCGGCUGAUGCCGCUGGCUGGGGAGGUUGCCGAGGUCUUCGUGCCCAUCCGUCUUAGAAGGCUGAUGGGAUCCCUGUGUCCGUCUGGCAGUGCGAGGCUGAGACGAUCCUUUUGUCCCUGUGUCUGAGAAAGCUGAUGGGAUGUCUGUGUCUCUCUGUCAGCAAGAGACUGACAAAAUCCGUGUGUUUGUCCCUCUGAGGAGGCUGACGGGUACUCUGUGUCCAUGUGUCUUGUGGGAAAUGGGUUCAGCUCCUCCUUUUGUCUGUCUUUCUGAGGGAACAGUUGGAAAUUCCACCUUCCUUUGUUAGUUCGACGAAAAGGAUGAUUAUUAGGCUGCAGGAAUGGGCAUGAGGGAGAAGAGUGUUGGGGCUGAAGUUGCAGUAAUUUUUGAAGGGGACACUCAACUUUUGGGGGGUCAGGAUUGCUUAAAUCUUUGUCUGAGAACUGCUCUUUGCACUCUGUGCACAGUGCUUUUUGACAUGCAUGUGGAAUGUGUUGGAUGCUGGCCUGGAAUCCAGCUGUGGUGAUGCAGAACGAGCCCCAUAGGCAGAAGGGUGGGGAAUGACCCUGGGACAGCCAGCAGAGCUUGACCAGGGAUUUGGAGGAUUUCAGUGAAGUAUGUGACAGACUCUUCUCUUCUCAGAUGAGCCCUUUGCAGAGGGGAGAAACACUCUGUGCUCCCAGGUCAGGGAAACAUGUCCCGUCGGAAACAGACCACUCCUAACAAAGUUCACUGCACUGGACUCACAUCAGCAGGUGCCAGAGGCUGGUGUGGCAGGGUAGGCAAGCAGAGAAGUGACCUAAGUGCUUUCCAAGAGAUGACUCCAGAGGUUCUGCACAGUGCAGGGGAGCAAGUCUUUGCAGGGCUGGAGGAGCAAGCCCGUCAAGCCAUGAUGAAAAACAGCUUUCCUGCAACUCUUGGGGACCAAAGGCCAGCAAUUCGUCCACUGCAAGACCCUGACUCCAGCAGCAGUGAGUUCUGCCCCUUCCAGUACCACCAAGGUGGCAGCGAUGAUGAGGAAACCACUCAGGAUGAAGUUUCUUCCCAUACAUCUGAGGAAGAUGGCUCAGUGGUGAAAGUGAAGAAGGAAUUAGAAAAUUCAGAGCGACCUGUGGGCGGAACCCCAUUGAUGAGAGAAAAUGAGGUGCCUGGGAGUUUGAACACUGAGCCCAUGCUGGGACUGUCACAAUGCCCCCUCUGCCAGCUGGAGUGUGGAAGCAGAGAUCAACUCAUUGCACAUGUAUACCAGCACACUGGAGCGGUGGUGAGUGCCAAGAGCUACCUGUGUCCUGUGUGUGGCAGAGCCCUCAGCUCCCCGGGAUCCCUUGGAAGACAUCUCCUGAUCCACUCAGAGGACCAGCUAUCCAACUGUGCAGUUUGUGGAGCACGCUUCACCAGCCACGCCACCUUCAACAGUGAGAAGCUGCCAGAAGUGCUCAGUGCGGAUCGGCUGCCAGCACCACAGAGCCAGGGCCCCUCCAGCACCGAGGGUAAGGAUGUUGCCUUUUGCACCCCUGUGUAUCCUGCGGGCAUCCUCCUGGUGUGCAACAACUGCGCUGCAUACCGUAAGCUACUCGAGGCGCAAACCCCCGGCAUGCGCAAGUGGGCCCUGCGGCGCCAGAACGAGCCCCUGGAAGUGCGGUUACAGCGCCUGGAGCGGGAGCGCACAGCCAAGAAGAGCCGGCGGGACAAUGAGACACCCGAGGAGCGGGAAGUGAGGCGCAUGCGGGACCGGGAAGCCAAGCGGCUGCAGCGCAUGCAGGAGACAGAUGAGCAGCGGGCACGGCGGCUGCAGAGGGACCGGGAAGCCAUGCGCCUGAAACGUGCCAACGAGACCCCUGAGAAGCGACAAGCCCGGCUCAUCCGGGAGCGUGAGGCCAAGAGGCUCAAGCGGCGCCUGGAGAAAAUGGAUAUGAUGCUCCGGGCACAGUUUGGCCAGGACCCCUCUGCCAUGGCUGCUUUGGCAGCUGAGAUGAAUUUCUUUCAGCUGCCAGUAAGCAAUGUGGAGCUGGAGAGCCAGCUGCUGGGCAAAAUGACCUUUGAGGAGCAGAGCAACAGUGCGUUGCACUAAACCACAGCCAAGAACUGUGCUGCCUUUGCUGCACCUGCCACAUGUGCACUAGCAGGCUUCUGUGCUCAGGAGGCUGCUGUGGGUCCCUGCCUGAGCCUCCCUGACAGGUGGUUAUGGUUUUCCUCUCAACCCAGGAGAACAGAGCUGAGAGAUACCUGCCAAAGCAGCUUUGGUGGGAGCAGAUUCUGAGGAUACAGUCUGCUCUGGGGGCCAAGUCACAGCCUGUGACAGAACGAAAAUAAAUUAACGUAUUAAUUGACAUUAA